AUGGUGCCAACCACAAUCAAUCCUAUAGCAGUUUCUCAAAACACCACAGUGAUAGUUCACCCUUUAGUCUUGUUGUCAGUUGUUGAUCACUAUAAUCGAGUUGCAAAGAAUACAAAAAAACGAGUGGUUGGAGUUUUGUUGGGCCAAAAUAAUGGUAAAACCGUUAAUGUUGCUAAUAGUUUUGCUGUUCCGUUUGAAGAAGACGAAAGAGAUCUGUCAGUUUGGUUUUUGGACCAUAAUUAUGUAGAAGCUAUGAAUGAUAUGUUUAAAAAAGUUAAUGCCAGAGAAAAGAUGAUUGGAUGGUACCAUAGUGGACCUAAACUUCGUGCAUCAGAUUUGGAAAUUAAUGAAUUGUUUAAAAGGUAUACACCAAAUCCUGUUUUGGUUAUUGUGGACGUUAAACCUAAAGAUAUUGGUAUACCAACUGAUGCUUACUUUGCCAUUGAAGAGAUUAAAGAUGAUGGCACAGCGACCACAAAAACUUUUAUGCACGUUCCUUCACAAAUCGAAGCUGAAGAAGCCGAGGAAAUAGGAGUAGAACAUCUUUUACGUGAUAUAAAAGAUAAUGCAGUUGGAACUCUUUCCACACGCGUGACAGAUCAACUAAACUCAUUGAAGGGUCUACAAUCAAGAUUGGAGGAGAUCCGUGAUUAUUUACAAAAGGUAGUUAACGGUACUUUGCCCAUCAAUCACCAAAUCCUUUAUAAUCUUCAAGACAUCUUUAAUCUAUUACCAAAUUUAAACAUCACUGAAAUGGUCAAGGCAUUUUCGGUUAAAACAAAUGAUCAACUGUUGGUUAUAUAUUUGUCAUCAUUGGUUCGUGCUGUAAUUGCAUUACAUAAUCUGAUUAAUAAUAAAAUUGAGAAUUUGAAAGGUGAGAGUAUUCAACCAGAAGAAGAGGAGAAAAAGGAAGAAAAUAAAAUAAAGGAUUCAUCAAAAGAUCGCUGUGUAGGUAGAUAUAAUAUAAUGACGAGGAAAAAUAAAAAGAAUAAUGAGCCGUCCGUGGCUAAUAACUCGAACAAGAGUGGUGGUGACAGUAGAAAAUACAUGAAUAACAACGAAUCGUCUAAAUAUAACAAUAAUUGGAAUUCGAUAAAAGAUUCAAGGAUAAUAUCAUCAGCUGAGGAUAACGAGAAACUAGCAAGAAGAACACAAAGAUUUAAUAAUAGCAAAAAAGAACCAAAAGGCAUGUCAGAUGUCGAUAUGUUCUUGAUUGCUAUUGUAUGCACUUGGAAUGUUUCUAAAUUUAUUGAAAACAAUUCCACAAAAACAACACUUGAUCCCUCUAAUAAUGAUAAUACCAUCACCGAAACAACUAACAAUAAUAUGAAACGUAUGAAAGCAUACGACUUCUUUAUAGAUCGUGAACCACCUGUGUGUUUUAGUGAAUUAUAUUCAAUUAAUGAAGAUCAACUCUGUGAGGAAUUGGAGGAACGUUUAAAUAUUGGGAAAAUAUGA